CGAAAGGUUAAUUGUCCAUCUUCCAAGAAAGUAGAGAAAUAUAGGUACUCCUCCUUCAGUUCACUCCUCAAAGUGGAAAACAGAGAGGAGAAAGAGAAGCAAAAGAAGUGAGAGAAGAACAAAAGAAAAUGGAAGAGUCAAAAACAGAGCACAUUGUGAUGGUUCCAUUCAUGGCGCAUGGCCAUAUGAUUCCAUUCAUGGGCCUGGCCAAGAGAAUCCUACAAAGAACCGGUUUCAGAGUCACCCUCGUCACCACCCCUCUCAACGUCCGCUACCUCGCCUCCCGCGCCGCCGCCGCCGGCGACGGAGAACAGGGUAUCCGAUUGGUGGCGCUGCCCUUCGACUCCGCCGCCCAUGGCUUGCCUCCGGAGACGGAGAACACCGAGGCCUUGCCCUUGCACCACAUGAUCACCCUCAUCCGCUCCACCCGCUCCCUCAAGGACCCAUUCCGCAGUCUCGUGGCAGACGUCACUGAGGCCGACGGCAAGCCUCCGCUCUGCAUAAUCUCCGACUUGUUCGUCGGGUGGGGGAGCGAGGUCGCCCGGUCCUGCGGGACGGUCAACGUUUCUUUCGCCACCGCCGGAGCUUAUGGCUCCGCCGCUUACAACUCCUUCUGGCUGAACCUCCCCCACCUCUCCGCCACCGGAGAGGACGGCGAGUUCGCCAUCCCGGGGUUCCCGGAUUCCUGCCGCUUCAACCUCUCCCACCUCCACCCUCACAUGAGAGCCUCGGACGGCAGAGACUCGUGGUCUCAGGUCUUCCAGCCAUUCAUCUCCGACAGCCUGGACUCCUUCGGAUGGCUCUGCAACACCGUCAAGGAAAUCGAGCCGUUGGGUUCCGAAGCACUAGGAAGCUUCACGAAGCUUCCGGUUUGGUGCAUCGGCCCUUUCCUCCCUCCGGGAAUGCUAAAGGACGGGCCGUCCUCCGAAAUUCCCGGAAAACGGACGGCCGGGAAGGCUCACGGUAUGUCGCCGGAGAAAUGUAUAGAAUGGCUGGACAGGAAACCAGAACGCUCUGUUCUCUACAUCUCGUUCGGAUCUCAGAACAGUAUAUCUGCUUCACAGAUGAUGGAAUUGGCGUUAGGGUUGGAAGACAGCGGGAAGCCAUUCAUUUGGGCGAUACGGCCGCCGGUCGGAUUCGAUCCGAAAGGGGAAUUCAGGGCGGAAUGGCUGCCGGAGGGGUUCGAAGAGAGGGAACAGGGGCUGGUGAUCCACGGGUGGGCGCCGCAGCUGGAGAUCCUGUGGCACAGAUCGACGGGAGGGUUCUUGAGCCACUGCGGGUGGAAUUCGAGCCUGGAGAGCUUGAGCCAGGGGGUGCCGAUGAUCGGGUGGCCAAUGGCGGCGGAGCAGGCGUUCAAUUCGAAGAUGAUGGCGGAGGAAAUGGGGGUGUGCGUGGAGCUGACGAAGGGAGUCCGGAGCAGUCUGGCGAGGAGCGAUGUGAAGAGGGUGGUAGAUCUUGUGCUGGGGAGCAGGGAAAUGAGGGAUAAGGUGGGUCGGGUCAGGGAACUGAUCAGAGGAGCUGUGAAGGAAGAAGAAGACGAUGAUGAAGAUCAAUCUGACGGCUGCAAAGGCUCUUCCCUCCGAGCCCUAGAUGAUUUCAUAUCUACCCUUCUCUCCAAAAGGGUAUAAAGGUCCAAAUUUGUGGUUUUAAAAAAAACCCUGUCUAAAUUGAUUCUUUAGAGAUGUUUCAUCUUUAUUUAUACUCCCUCCGUCUCACUCUUUUUGUCCACUUUCAUUUUUGCACAUCAUCCAAUGCACUUCUUUAAUCCAUUUUAUCUUGUAAUUUGUGUAUUAAAAAAUUAUAAAAAUUAUAUAUUAAUAAUCUACAUGUUAAGAC